AUGUCUACUUCCUCCUUCAACAUUCCCAAAACCAACAAAGUGGUCUUGAUUCGUGAAAAUGGUGGUCCUGAGGUCAUCAGAUACGAGGAGGACUAUCCCAUUCCUGCCUUAAACGACGACGAGAUCUUAAUCAACAACAAGUACGCCGGAAUUAACUUCAUCGAGGCCUACUUCAGAAAUGGCCUCUAUCCAUGUGAAAAGCCCUAUGUGUUGGGUAGAGAAGCUUCAGGAAUUGUCUCUGCUGCUGGCAAAAACGUCUCUGGUUUCAGCGUUGGCGAUAAAGUAGCAUACUUAAGUCCUGGCACCUUUGCUGAGUUUACAAAAAUCAACCCAAAUAUUAACAAGAUUAUCAAGCUACCAAUCGACUCCACUGACCAGCAAUUGAAGCUCUAUGGCAGCAGCUUGGUUCAAGGUCUAACCACUUUAACUUUUGUCAAUGAGGCCUACAAUGUUCAACCAAAUGAUUACAUCUUAGUUCAUGCUGCUGCCGGUGGUUGUGGUUUAUUAUUCACUCAAUUGAUCACAAAUUUGAAACAUGCCAACAUAAUUGCAACUGCUUCAACGCAAGAAAAAUUAGAUCUUGUCAAAUCCUAUGGAGCUAAGUAUCUCAUCAAUUCUUCAACUGAAAAUAUCGCUGAAAAAGUCUUGGAAAUUACAAAUGGAAAGGGUGUUCAAGCUGUUUUUGAUGGUAUUGGUAAAGACACUUUUGAAAUCUCCUUAGCUUCUCUUGCAAGAAAGGGCACUUUUGUAAGCUUUGGUAAUGCCAGUGGAGCUGUUCCUCCAUUAGUUAUCAACAGAUUAUCUGCUAAAAAUGUCAAAAUCUUAAGACCAACUGUCUUUGGUUACAUUACAGACAAGUCUGAAUGGGAUUUAUAUUCUUCUCAAUUGAUCGACUUAAUUAAAACCAAUCAAUUGAAAUUCAAUAUCACAAAGGUUUACCCUCUAAAAAACUAUAGACAAGCUGCUGAAGACUUGGAAGGUAGAAGAACAACUGGUAAAUUGACUUUAAAAAUUUAA